AUGGCACCACCCUCCGUUGUCGAAAACGUCUCGCUCACCCCCAGCGCCGAGCCAAAGAUUAUCCCGUCAGUGGGCAAUAGUUCAAAGCUCGAAGCUCCUUCUCAAGUUCAGGUGCUCGGUAAAACGAAAGAUGGCCGAGAUUUGAAAAUUCGCAGUUAUCCUAAGUUUGACAAUCUGGAGCAUGAGCGCCUGUACCGCAAGCAGCAUUUAGCAGCAGCUUUCCGCAUCUUUGCGGACCGAGGCUUCGAUGAAGGCGUUGCUGGUCACAUUUCAGUGCGCGACCCGAUACUCACCGACCAUUUCUGGAUCAACCCUCUUUCGGCCCAUUUCGCCUUAAUCAAGGUAUCCGAUCUCAUUCUAGUCGAUGAAGAUGGGCUAGUCGUUGUUGGUGACGAACCCAUCAACGCACCGGCAUUUGCCAUCCAUUCUGAGAUCCACAAAGCCCGACCGGACGUCCAUGCCGCUUGCCAUGCACACAGUGUUGCCGGCAAAGCAUUCUCUUGUUUUGGACGAGAACUCGAAAUGAUUACGCAAGAUGCGCUGCGAUUCUAUAAGAGCCACGGUGUCUAUCGUGAUUUCAAGGGCAUUGUUUUGGAUAAAGAAGAGGGACAGCGAAUAGUUAAUGCCCUGGGACAAGGCAAGGCUGCCAUACUUCAGAAUCAUGGCCUCCUGACAGUUGGUGGUAGUGUGGACGAAGCAGCAUUUUGGUUUAUAAGUCUUGAUAAAACAUGUCAAGCUCAGCUCUUAGCAGACGCCGCUUCUGCGGCGGGCUAUGAGAAGAAGAUCAUCGACGACGAUGAAGCAGCCUACGCAGCUAUGCAGGUUGGCGGUCCUGAGAAAGGCUGGUUGGCUUUUCAGCCCUAUUAUGACGAGCAGGUGGCCAAGACUAAGGGCGAAUUUCUGCUUUAA